AAACAAAAGCAAUCAUAAAAGCAAAAAACAAAGAAAAAAGCAACCCCAAAAUGCAAACAGAAAAACAAAAGCAAUCAUAAAAGCACAAACAAAUGCACUUGCGAGCAAAAAUGGACAACAACACAGCAUGUUUGCAACAAGCAGGAGAAUAAUACCCGUACCCUUGCAACAAUCUGGGUGCCAACCAGUUGACAAAAGGGAAUUACCUACAAAGCAAGCCAAGAAGGAAAAACACCAAGAAUAACCGUAACCUAAUUGACCAAUCUACUAGGUGGUGACUGCGGUAGGAUCUGCUAGCAAUAAACUUGCAUUGCUGAGUGUGGUUUUUGUGCUUUGAGGCACUGACUGUUGCACACCGGCUUGUCUCAAGCGGGGUGGGGCGCCAAAUUGAGGGACCCGGAAAGCCCGAGAGAAACUAGAGUAAUGAGUAAUGUUCUGAUCUGCAAUGUUACUGUCCCUAAACCCUAGCUGCCCUAGCUUUAAGGCUCCAAUUUUCCGGAAAACUGAGCAGAGUGUUGUUCAGCAAUUGUCGACUUGUACUGAACUGCCCUUGUCCGCGUCAGCCAUGACAGAUGUCCAGUCAGAGGCGGAACCUCUGGUUGAGAAGGUGAUGCCGGGAUGGAUGGAAGAAAUCGAAGAAACGCUAGUACUCAGUCAACAGGAGAGUGAAGAAUCCGCGCUGGCGGAUGCUUGCCGCAUAUCUUCAGAUGAAGAAAGCAUAGAUGAAGAGUCUGCUGCGAUGACUGUCCCAUGUUCACCUCAGACCUCUGACGAGUGGUGGGUGUUUAGGCUGAAGAGUGCCACGCAAGACUUGGGUGGUGACUUUGCGCAACUCAAGACGCUGCAGCCGGUUCUGCUGGGCUCUUCGUGUUCAGGGGCAUGCUCAGAAGCUGCGGCCUUCACAGCAUUGGGUAUUCCAUUUCAGCUAUGUGGAGUUGCAGAUGUGAACAAGGACUUCCGUCAAAUCAUUGAAGCCAAUUACAAGCCAAGUCAUUCUUGGAGCCUGAUGCAAGACCAGAUCUCCUGCCAAGCAUGCCUGAAGCACGCUGACAGCAUGGCUUGUGAAAUGGCAUCAUGCUUGGAUGUUUGGGUUAGUGGAACCCCUUGCCCACCAUUCUCGGAGCAGCGUCCGCGACGGUUCAAUGUAGGUUCAGUCGAGGCUCAUCCCUUGUAUUCUGUGACAUUUGAAAGUGCCAUAGAUGCGGUAAAGCAAGGGCACAAGGCGUACAUUUUCGAGCAGGUGAAGGGGUUUGGGAAACCAUAUGAUAUGUCCACCUCUGAGACACCUUUGGAGCGGCUUCUUGGCUUCUCAACGACUUAUGACUGGGAAAGAUGUUGUGGUCCUGCUUGUCACGGCUUAGGAGCAGGAUUCUCCUCAAUGGCCUGAUUUUUUGCCAAAUUUCGGGGUCACGAAAAUGACUUUUGACUUCGGGGGGGCCAGUCAUCACUAGUUAUACACUAGUUAGUCACUAGUCACUACUUUCGCUGCAGAAUAGGAAAGUAUUGCGCCAUGGGCAGGACUGUGACUCUAACCUCUAGCUAGCUAGCUCUAACUGAUUCUAACAACCCUCUAACCGACUCAAAACAGCCUUUUCAUGACCAUGCAGUGUGCGCUGUGUGACCAUGGCCUACACACCACGCACAGCAGAGUCGGUGCGGGAGUGCCUUCAGGUUCUUGGGAAAGAUCGACCACUUGGGCUUGACCGGGGGCAUUCAGAAUCGCGCGAAGUACUGGCACAUCACCACCCGGCCGUCCAUGAACACAUGGAUGAACAUCAAAAGGGAGAGGACCUGAUUUGCUCACGAAGUCAUUCACUAAACUAAGAUUCGCUGUACUGUUAGAGAGUAUACGCUGCGGUGUCUGUUUUCUUUGUGAUCUUGAACUGAGCGCUGAAUUUCGCGGGGUCAGUGCCUCUGGGUUUGUUGCAAGUCUUGCGAAGUGCGGAUCAAGAGCCUUGAGAGUCUUUGUUUCAUGAAGACAGAAGACAGGUCACUUUGGAUAGGUUAUAUUUUAGUUUUAUUCUAGACGCAGAAUUGACAAUACAGUAGCAACUCAACAGAUCUUUUUAAGUAGGUGGAGUUUAGAGCCUAGUGGCCCCGCGCCUGAAUCAUGAUUAGCAGACUUUCGGGGACUAUGUCUAAUGAGCCACAGCAGUACCACAGAUCAGGGCCUUCAGGAUGCCUUUCCUGGGUGGGCGUUGGAGAUAUUCUCCGACACUCAAGACCAUCCCAAAUCCAGUGAACAAGACAGCCUUGGCGAGGCCAAGACAAAAAAACGUGGACAUGGUGGUGCUCGGCAGAAUUCAGGAAGGAAGAGACAAGGCAUUGCCGCCUACAGAAAAUUCAUGGAUGAAGAGAU